AAAAUUAUUUCAAUUCCAAUUCAAUCGCUUUUGUUGAUAAAAAAUAAAUAAGCUACCGGAUUUAUUAAGUUCAAUAAAGAAUAAAAUGGCUUCGCUAAAAGACGUUGCUACACUAUAUCAAAGUCUAAAAACAGAAUGGACAAAGAAACCACGUAAGCUUGAAAAAUGCGGCGAACUUUUGAACAAAAUCAAGAUUGCAUUAACGCAGUUGAGCUUUUUGCCCAGUAACAAUACAGCAGCAAAUCAGAAGGAGUUGAUAUUAGCUCGGGAUGUUCUUGAAAUUGGUGCCCAGUGGGCUGUGGCUACUAAAGACAUGAAGGCUUUCGAGAGAUACAUGUCCCAGUUGAAAUGCUAUUAUUUUGAUUAUAAAGAUCACCUGCCAGAAUCAGCCUUCAUGUACCAACUGCUCGGUCUAAACUUGCUGUUCCUCCUAUCUCAGAAUAGAGUAGCAGAGUUUCACACAGAGCUUGAGCGCCUAUCAGUUGAUGUCAUCCGAGUGGAUCCAUAUGUCAGGCAUCCUUUAGCAUUGGAGCAGUAUCUUAUGGAAGGGAGUUAUAAUAAGAUUUUCUUGGCUAAGGAUAAUGUACCAGCAGAAAGCUACACCCUUUUCAUGGAUACACUUCUGGACACAGUGCGAGGUGAAAUAGCUGCAUGUAUUGAGAAGGCAUAUUUCUGCAUAUCCUGCAAUGAGGCUGCUAGGAGGCUCAACUUGCCUUCGCAGCAAGCUGUACUUGAUUAUGGAAAAAAGCGCAACUGGGUACUGGGCGCUGACAACUGUUACCAUUUCUCAGCUUCUGUAGAUACAAACGCCUCGGCCUCCGAAGCAUUUCCCUCGUCAGAACUAGCUGAGCAAACCAUAGAAUACGCUAGACAUCUCGAAAUGAUUGUGUAGAUUAUUAAAUGAUAAAUAAAAUUAUAUUUAAAUUGCA